AUGUGUAGACGGAAAUACCCGAGCAGUUCCGUAGGAACCCGGGGAGUUUUAAGUGGUAAUCGAGCUGACUACGGCAGUGGGCGGGGUCAAUUCGGUACGUUCGAAGGGCGUUGGCGGAAAUUACCGAAGAUGCCCGAAGCCGUCGGGACGGACCCGAGUACCUCACGCAAGAUGGCGGAGCUGGAGGAGGUGACUCUGGACGGGAAGCCUCUUCAGGCGCUCCGGGUGACCGACCUGAAGGCCGCAUUGGAGCAGCGAGGCCUAGCCAAGAGCGGGCAGAAGAGUGCCCUGGUCAAGCGGCUCAAAGGGGCUCUAAUGCUAGAAAAUUUACAGAAACACUCAACACCCCAUGCUGCAUUCCAGCCAAAUUCCCAGAUUGGCGAGGAAAUGAGCCAGAAUAGUUUCAUAAAGCAGUAUCUGGAAAAGCAGCAGGAACUACUUAGGCAGCGUCUGGAACGUGAAGCUCGAGAAGCUGCAGAACUUGAAGAAGCUUCAGCUGAGUCGGAGGACGAGAUGAUCCAUCCUGAGGGAGUGGCUUCCCUGCUGCCUCCUGACUUUCAGAGCAGCCUGGAGAGAGCAGAGCUGGAGCUCAGCAGACAAUCGCCCAGAAAAAGUUCCUCUAUUUCUGAAGAGAAGGGUGAAUCUGACGAGGAAAAGCCAAGGAAAGGAGAACGACGAUCAUCUAGGGUUAGACAGGCAAGAGCAGCUAAACUUUCUGAGUGUAGCCAGGCUGCUGAGGAGGAGGAAGAUCAAGAAACACCUUCCAGAAAUCUGCGGGUCAGAGCAGAUCGAAAUGUGAAAACAGAGGAGGAGGAAGAAGAGGAGGAAGAGGAAGAUGAGGAAGAUGAGGAGGUAGAAGAUGAGGGACAAAAAUCUAAAGAUUCAUCAGUCCUGAAACAGUUUAAGGAAGAAGAGGGGGAAGAGCUUCCCAUAGCAAAACCAGAGGAAGUGAUGGAUGAGAAACCCAAAACCAUACGACCCCAGGAACAGGAGGGGUUAGAGAGAGGGGGGAGAGUUACACGGUCCCAAGAAGAAGCAAGAAGAAGUUACCUGGCUAGACAUCAGCAGGAGAAAGAGAUAAAAACAGUUUCUCCCUUUGAGGAAGAAGAAAGAGAAAUAAAAUCUUCAAAAGGCUUGGAGGAAAAAUCGAAGUCCCCUUCCCCUCCUAGAUUAACUGAAGAUCUAGAGAAGGCCCCUCUUGUGCUACAACCAGGGCAGACUGCCAGUGAGGAGGAGACUCUUCCGCCUUUACUUACCAAGGAGGCAUCUUCUCCACCACGUAAUACACAACUCCAGAGUGAAGAAGAAAUAGAACCCAUGGAAGGCCCAGCCCCCCCCGUCCUCAUUCAGUUAUCUCCUCCUAAUACAGAUGCUGAGACCAAGGAGCUAGUAAUACCUCAGCAUACUGUCCAUUUGGUGGGAGACCUGUCUCCUUUGUCAACUCCUGCAGACGCCAAAGCAGAAUCUCCAGCAGAGAAAGUGCCAGAGGAGAGUCCCCUGCCACUAAUUCAGAAGAGCACACUAGCUGAAUCAACCCAGAAGGGUCUUGAAACUGAAUCAGAAAAAUCUGCUCAACCACUCCCUCUAAAAAUUGAGGAAUUAGCACCGGCCAAAGGGAUCAGUGAGGAAUCUCUGAAACUGCCAUCUUUGGAACAGAAGGAAGGCAGAGGGGUUUCUCAUACUCAUCUCGCAAGCCACCAGUUGAAACAGUUGGCCGACUCAUCCUCUAGCCGGUCCUCGUCAUCUUCCUCCUCCAGUUCUAGAUCAAGAUCUCGCUCUCCUGACAGCUCAGGCUCUCAGUCUCACUCACCUCCAAGAUCCAAGCAGAGAGAUGUAUCCCAGCCACACACUCACACCAACCCCCGCAGUAGAUCCAAGAUGGGCUCCAGAUCAACAUCGGAGUCCAGGUCACGUUCUCGUUCUCGUUCUCGUUCAGCAUCAAGCAACAGCAGAAAAUCUCUGAGCCCUGGAGUCUCCAGGGACAGCAGCACCAGCUACACUGAAACCAAAGAUCCCUCUUCUGGUCAGGAGGUUACAGCUCCACCAGUGCCACAUCUGCAGGUCCUUGAGCCAAAGGAGAGGACUUCCAUGGCCUCCUCUGUCCGAGUGAGACGUAUGAGCCAGCCUGAGCCAACCGAAAAGCAUGUGACCCAGAGGUUACAACCUGAGCGGGAGAGUCCAAAGAAGUGUGAAGCUGAAGAGGCAGAACCACCAGCUGCCACACAGCCCCAAACCUCAGAGACUCAGACCUCUCACCUACCAGAAUCAGAAAGGACUCUUCACACUGUUGAGGAGAAGGAGGAAGUGACCAUGGACACAAGUGAAAACAGACCUGAAAAUGAGGUUCCAGAGCCCCCCAUGCCUAUUACAGACCAAGUCAGCAAUGAUGACCGCCCAGAAGGCAGUGCUGAAGAUGAGGAGAAGAAAGAGAGCUCGAUGCCCAAAUCAUUCAAGAGGAAGAUCUCCGUUGUCUCAGCUUCCAAGGGGGUGCCAGCUGGAAACAGUGACACCGAGGGCGGCCAACCUGGUCGGAAACGGCGUUGGGGAGCCAGCACAGCCACCACGCAGAAGAAACCUUCCAUCAGUAUCACCACUGAAUCACUCAAGAGCCUCAUCCCCGACAUCAAACCCCUGGCGGGGCAGGAGGCCGUUGUGGAUCUUCAUGCUGAUGACUCCCGAAUCUCUGAGGAUGAGACAGAGCGUAAUGGUGACGAUGGGACCCAUGACAAAGGGCUGAAAAUAUGCCGGACUGUCACUCAGGUAGUACCUGCAGAGGGCCAGGAGAACGGGCAAAGGGAAGAAGAAGAGGAGGAGAAGGAGCCUGAAGUAGAACCCCCAGUACCGCCCCAGGUUUCAGUAGAGGUGGCCUUGCCCCCUCCUGUGGAGCAUGAAAUAAAGAAAGUGACUUUAGGAGAUACCUUAACCAGACGAUCCAUUAGCCAGCAGAAGUCUGGAGUUUCCAUCACAAUUGAUGACCCAGUCCGAACUGCUCAGGUGCCCUCCCCACCCCGGGGCAAGAUCAGUAACAUCGUCCACAUCUCCAAUUUGGUUCGUCCCUUCACUUUAGGCCAACUGAAGGAGUUGUUGGGACGUACAGGAACUUUGGUGGAAGAAGCCUUCUGGAUUGACAAGAUCAAAUCUCAUUGCUUUGUAACGUACUCAACAGUAGAGGAAGCUGUUGCCACCCGCACAGCUCUACAUGGGGUCAAAUGGCCCCAGUCCAAUCCCAAAUUCCUUUGUGCUGAUUAUGCUGAGCAAGAUGAGCUGGAUUAUCACCGGGGCCUCUUGGUGGACCGUCCCUCUGAAACUAAGACAGAGGAGCAGGGGGUACCACGGCCCUUGCACCCACCACCCCCACCCCCAGCCCAGCCACCACAGCACCCCCGGGCAGAACAGCGGGAACAGGAGCGGGCGGUGCGGGAACAGUGGGCAGAGCGGGAACGGGAAAUGGAACGGCGGGAGCGAACUCGAUCAGAGCGUGAAUGGGAUCGGGACAAAGUUCGAGAAGGGCCCCGCUCCCGAUCACGGUCCCGUGACCGCCGCCGCAAGGAACGUGCGAAGUCUAAAGAAAAGAAGAGUGAAAAGAAAGAAAAAGCUCAGGAGGAACCACCUGCCAAGCUGCUGGAUGACCUUUUCCGUAAAACCAAGGCAGCUCCCUGCAUCUACUGGCUUCCCCUGACUGACAGCCAGAUUGUUCAGAAGGAGGCAGAACGGGCUGAGCGGGCCAAGGAGCGAGAGAAGCGACGAAAGGAACAAGAAGAGGAGGAGCAGAAGGAGCGGGAGAAGGAAGCAGAGCGGGAACGAAACCGACAGCUGGAGCGGGAGAAGCGGAGAGAGCACAGCCGAGAGAGGGACAGGGAGCGAGAGAGGGACAGGGAGCGUGACAGGGGGGAUCGAGAUCGGGAGAGGGAAAGGGACCGGGAACGUGGCCGUGAGAGGGACCGUAGAGAUACCAAGCGCCACAGCAGGAGCCGGAGUCGCAGCACACCUGUCCGGGACCGGGGUGGGCGCCGCUAGCUGGGAAACACUAGGGAGAGCUGCAGGCAUCAGCCACCCUGCCCCAGGGGUUCACAGCCACAGAGGGAUAGGUACAAUCCACCGCCCUGAAACCAAGGGUCUUUCACACCAUUUGCCCAGUGCUGAAGUAUGGCUGCCACCUGUCCCCACAUACCAAAUGCAGCAGUGGCCAUCUUUCCCCCAACCCUCGUAACCUAUCUCUUGGGACUUGGCCCUCUCCUGUGUCUCAUUUCCCAUUGCUAAGUCUGAGAGGGAAGAGCUAGGUUAGGGAGGUAAGGUGGUUGGCCCAGAGGUGUGGAACAGCCUAGGAGUUCUUGCA